AUGCCCGGUCCAAUCAGCCAACUUUUUUAUGAUGGGUUGCCUUCCCGCAACCAAGUGCAGUAUCCUGCCCUGGCGGCUUCAGAAGCUAGCACCUUACAACCAUUAAUCCCGCCCCCAACACCGGUUCCGACAGAAGUUUCUACACCCACAGAACUCGGAGAAUUUGCCUCAAACGUGGUUUACCAGAUGUGGUACGUCAAGACUACCGGUUCAACUUUGGUUGGCCAAGUUCCCCCACAGUCUCCAUUGUCAGGUCAGGUCUCUAAUUUGUCUCAAACAGCAAGCUCACAAUUUAAGAACUUUUGCGUUCAGGUACUACUGCAAACACAACUAUCCAACACUGUGGUCAUUUUGUCCCUCAAGUAUGUGCAAAGGUUCGUCAAAAGCGGUAGACCUGUUGACUUUGGUGAGGAAGGGCCGGAAUAUCGGUUGUUUACCAUCGCAUUGAUGCUGGCUAAUAAAUUUCUUGACGAUAAUACAUUUACAAAUAAAACUUGGUCGGAGGUUACAAGCAUUCCUGUCAAGGAGAUCAAUAAAAUGGAACUUGCAUUUUUGGAAUGUAUGGAUUUCAAGAUGUUUGUCAGCGGCUCAGAUUACUCACAUUGGCUCGAUUGUCUAAAGGAAUAUACAAAGACACAGCAACGGUUGUAUGUUCAUCAGCGGCAGAGAUCAUCAGAUGCUUUGAAGAGUGAAUCUUUAAUUACGGCACAAAUUCAAAAUCAAGAUUCGAAUAAUAGACUUUCCAGAAAAUCUAUGCAGUUUAAUCACGAGUCCACAUCAUACUUUGAUUCUAAUAUCACAGCUCCCGUUAUGAAUCAAUGUAUGAUGCCUGCAAUUCAGUUGCCUAGCGGGAUGCCUCAGUUUUCAACACCCACGAAUAUUGGAUCGACUGCCACCGGGACCGUGCAAUCAUCAGUUCCGGCUCGCGUUCAAAAUUCGUUUGGGCGAAGUUCACCUUCUCCAGCUUUUCAGGCUUUCCACAAUUCCUACUUUAAUUCUUUGAGAAAUAGUGAAAGUGUGAACGGAGAAGUUGGACCUUUUCAUCAUCCCAAGCGACAUAGUAUGCCCACAAUGAAUCUUCAAAAUAUCAUAGAUCAAGCACCAUCACAGGCCAGUCAAUUCAAAUCGCUCAACAAUUCUCUUGCCUAUCAUUCGACGGCAGUAAAAAUGGAAACCAAUCAUUCAAAUGUCAAUCCGACUUCGUUUCACAACAAUACAUCCCGCGGCGAUGCAAUAAACCAGUUUGAUAACUCGGAUGUGUACGGGUCAUACGGGAAUACUUGUGUCAAUGGUCAACGUGGUGAACAACCUCACGUCAACUUUCCGAUUCCUGUCGCCAGUGGUCAUGACAAUAUUAAUGGCGGCCAUAAUAAGCCGUUGACCCAAUUAUUCAAUACGAGCGCAAAGGCAUUUAUGACGCAUUAUCCUAAUGUCAAUGAAAACGCGACGGAUGCUUUACCCGGUUUUCUGAAACAUCAACAAAAGGCUACGACGGAGGUCCAAGAACAUGAUCACCAAUUGACUAACCGCCGCUCGAUGCCUCAACCUAUUAGAUCAGCGUACCCCCCGCCUCUUGGAUAUGCGGGUCCGACGUCACAUGCGGACGAAGGAUUCUACAGCUCGGCCGCUAUACAAUCAGCAAGCGUCAUUCACAUUCAGUCGCCCGAGUUACAUCACUCAACGCCCCCGUUGAUGUAUCACCAAAAGGAUUUAGGAACUAGAGCGACUCAACACAAAAUUGGAAGUGUGGCGCCAGUCAAUAUGAGUGUGAGCAGCAAUCCACCAACCCCCGUUGACAUUCCUUCCAAUCCGAUGAUUCAACCUUCAUCGUUUAGGUCAAUCAUUGGUAGUAAUCACAAUAAUGCACAUAACUCGGCACAUUCUCAGAAAUCAGGUCAAUACUAUGGCUCCGUUCAAGCACAACAGGGAAUGAAUGUUGUCAACAUGACCAAUGGUAUUGGUGGAUUCGUUUUCCCUCUGUUCGGUUUAAACAACAAUAAUAAUAACGAUAGCACCGCUCAAACUUUCUCCGCCAAAAGAUUUGAAGAGGGAACGGUGAAUAAGAAUAACGGUGGAGUUAUUGGAUCUAUCGCUCCCGUAAUGAUUGCCCCGCCAGGACUUGGAGUCGUCGGUGGGUUCGGUGCACCUACCAUGACAGUUCAAGCGCCCAGAGAACAUCACCCGGCGGUUGCACCCAAUAGAGUCGUUGGGCCGGCCAUCUCAAACGGUGGAUAUUAUCGCAUGUUCGAUGGAAUCACCAUCGCCUGA